ACGCAGUUUUUGAUACAACAAGAACAACAACGCAUGGACUUCUUGCUUGAGCAGCAGAAGCGCUUUGAGUUGCAGCAGCAAGCUGUUGUUCUUCAGCAGCAGCAGACAGGAGCCGCUGCUGUAUCCCCUGCCGCCUUUGCGGCCCUCGGAGGCCCCAUGCAGGAGGCGAUGAGCAUCCAGGAGGAGACUCGCAGGAACUUCAUGGUGGAGCAGGAGCGGCAGCUGCAGGAGCAACAGAGGCUGGAGGAGGAGAGGCUGGAGCAGGAGAGGAUGGAGUUGCAAAGGCUGGAGCAGCAAAGGCUGGAGCAGCUGAGGAAGCAGCAGGAAGAGGACGCGGCUGCACGAGCCGCUGAGGAGGCACGGCUGAUGGAGGAGGAGGAACAGCAGAAGCAGUAUGCUGCUGAGAGUGAGCAGCUGGCCAGGCAGCUCUAUGAGCUGGAAAGCAAGGCAGAGAACCUGAGGAAGCAGAUGAUUUCCAGGUCCAGCCAAAGCAAGGCCCAGCCGCCAGGAGUGCAAAGGCCGUUCGUGAUCCCCAGCGACUGGCCCAAGGAAGUGCCGUUGCCUCCCAUCCCGCCGCCGAUUCCCCACGCCGCACCACCCAGCAGGUCGCGAUCCCCCAAAGGGAGCAGUUUGACGGAGAGUGUGAGGAGGUUGGCUGGGCAGUCCCAGCAAAACAGUGCUGCGGCUGCCAAGGAGUACCUGAAGGCCCAGAUGGAGACCCUGCAGAAGCAGGCCACGGAUGAGCCGGUGGAGGAGCGGCCGGUGGAGGAGCGACCGGUGGAGGAGCGACCGGUCAAGCGGCAGAAGGACGAUGGCAUCCCAGCCCCGGCAAAGGCAAUGCCACGAGCCACGUUGCCUCCCAAGCCCAAGGUGUCUGCUGCGGCCUCGCCGAAGGGUCCAGGGAGCCCAGCCCCAGCUGUGGGUGUGAAAUCCACAAAGCCUGGGAAGAUGGACAGAGGGAUAAAGCGUGCCCGACUCCUACGAGACUUUGUGGUAAAGGUUUACAGUCCGCAGGACGACCACUCUGUCAACAAGGGCCGUUUGGAGGCGCUCAUCCGCCUAAGGGAGAAAAUCGAGGGAGCCAAGAAGUAUUGCAGUGCGAAGAAGUUGUACAAGACCUGCCCCUACACUGGCGAAUACAAAUACCUCGUUCUCGUUUCCGAUACGGUGCAGCAAGGCCAGGAAAAGUUGAGGGAACUUGAAGAGCUGAUGGAGGAGGCAGGGUUCUUCAACGACAAGUUCCAACUGGGCUGCGGCGACUCCUUCGAAAUCAGUGAUGAUGAAACGGUUCCGGAUUCGAAGGCUGCUGCUGAGGGAAAGAAUGGAAAAAAAGGGGGAAGAAACCCCAAGGGUGCAGGCUUGCCGAUGAUUGUGGAAGGAGAACAGGAUCUAUCGGGUUCGGUGGCAAAGUAUAAAAAAGCAAUGCUCAACAAACGAACAGUGCUCAAAGAGGUCAAGGACCGCCUCGUAGAGGAAAAGUGCUCAACACACCAGCCUCUUGUCACACAGCACAUCAACAUUGUCUUGUUCAGGUUUGUAUGCCUGCUGAUUUGA